GAAAGAAAGAUAGGAUGAUAGGAACGACCCUCUCUCUUGUUUCUCUGUCCCCUCUCCUCUUUUCCUUGCGAUCUCGAGUGAGUUGUGUCCAUUCCAUUUCAAGUUUUCAACACCGCGUUUAUUCUCAUCUUUUUGUCUUCGCUCACCGUGUCUGCCACCCUGCUGUGUAUACUGUUCUACCGCCCCGGAAUCCAUGAAACCUGCUUGAAACAAAGAAAAAGGGUCAAUUUUCGCCCUAGAUCUGUUCCGGAGUUCUAAUUCUCCGAGAGUUAGGGCUCUAUUUCCAGGUUGAUGAAAUGGCAAAUGUUUUUGAUAAUUGGGAGCGACUGGUUCGAGUGACCUUACAGAGAGAGCAGCUUCGUAGUACCGGGCAGGGGCACGAAAGGACCUCCAGCGGGCUUGCUGGUGCUGUUCCUCCAUCUCUUGGGAGGACGACUAAUAUAGACGCGAUCUUACAGGCUGCUGAUGAGAUACAGGAUGAAGACCCGAAUGUUGCGAGGAUCAUGUGCGAGCAAGCAUAUUCAAUGGCACAGAACCUUGAUCCAAACAGUGAGGGUAGAGGUGUACUACAGUUCAAAACUGGUUUAAUGUCCGUAAUUAAGCAAAAACUUGCCAAGAGAGGUGGAGCAAGAAUUGAUCGUAAUCGUGAUCUUGAGCGCCUGUGGGAAUUUUACCAACUCUAUAAGAAACGACAUAGGGUGGAUGCUAUCCAAAGAGAGGAGCAGAAACGGAGGGAAUCUGGAACAUUCAGUGCCAACUUUGGGGAGUUGGAACUAAGGUCUGUGGAAAUGAAAAGAGUGUUUGCCACUUUAAGGGCCUUAGUUGAGGUAAUGGAGGCACUUUGCAAAGAUGCAGAUCCUGAUGGGGUAGCCAGACUUAUUACAGAGGAGUUAAGAAGGAUAAAGAAAUCAGGUGCUGCAUUGUCUGGAGAACUUACACCUUACAAUAUAGUACCUUUAGAUGCACCAUCUUUAACCAAUGCGAUUGGAGUCUUCCCAGAAGUUAGAGCUGCGAUAUAUGCACUAAGAUAUCCUGAACAUUUUCCUAAGAUUCCUGAGGAUUUUGAGGUUCCUGCUUUGCGAAAUCUGGAUAUGUUUGAUCUUUUGGAGUAUGCUUUUGGUUUUCAGAAAGACAACAUUAGAAACCAGCGAGAAAAUGUGGUUCUUUGUAUAGCAAAUGAACAGUCUUAUCUCGGCAUCCCAAUUGAAGCUCAACCGAAGAUAGAUGAGAAAGCUAUCACUGGGGUUUUCCUAAAGGUACUGGACAACUACAUGAAAUGGUGCAAGUACUUGCAGAUGCGUGUUGUGUGGAACAGUUUAGAAGCAAUUGACAGAGACAGAAAGAUAAUGUUUGUUUCAUUAUAUUUUCUCAUAUGGGGCGAAGCUGCAAAUGUUCGUUUUCUCCCUGAAUGCAUUUGCUAUAUAUUCCACCAUAUGGCAAAGGAGCUAGAUGCAAUAUUAGACCAUGCUGAUGCUAAACAAGCUGCAAGUUGCAUGUUAGAAGAUGGUUCUGUUUCUUACCUCAAUCGGAUUAUUUCUCCUAUCUAUGAGGCGAUGGCAGCGGAAGCCGCCAGAAAUAACAAUGGGAAAGCUGCACAUUCAGCAUGGAGGAAUUAUGAUGACUUCAAUGAAUAUUUCUGGUCACCAACAUGCUUUGACUUGGGUUGGCCAUUAAGGAAGGAGAGUAAAUAUUUGUCAAAGCCUAAGCUUAAGAAAUGGAGAACGAGAGGAAAAUGUUCUUUUGUCGAGCAUCGGACGUUUCUUCACUUAUAUCGAAGUUUCCAUCGUUUGUGGAUUUUUUUAAUCUUGAUGUUCCAGGGUUUGACAAUUAUAGCUUUCAAUCAUAGAAAUAUUAAUCUCAACACCUUCAAGACAUUGCUUAGCAUUGGGCCAACAUUCGCUAUUCUGAACUUUGUUGAGAGUUGUUUAGAUGUUCUGCUUAUGUUUGGGGCAUACUCAACAGCAAGGGGCAUGGCAAUCUCAAGGCUUGUUAUUAGGUUUUUUUGGUUUGGAAUCAGCUCAGUAUUUGUAACAUAUGUCUACCUGAAGGUUCUGGAGGAGAGAGAUAACCCAAACUCAGACUCUUUCUACUUUCGGAUUUAUAUUAUUGUGCUUGGUGUUUAUGCUGCCGUACGCUUGUUCCUUGCAAUAAUGCUAAAAUUUCCAGCUUGUCAUUCAGUGUCAGAAUUUUUUGACAAGUGGUCCUUCUUUCAAUUUUUUAAGUGGAUUUAUCAGGAGCGAUACUAUGUUGGACGUGGCCUUUUUGAAAGGACAACUGAUUAUCUCAGGUAUGUCUCAUUCUGGUUGGUGAUUUUUGCAUGUAAAUUCACCUUUGCAUACUUUCUCCAGAUUAAACCAUUGGUCCAACCUUCCAAUAUUAUUGUGGGCCUCAAAACCUUAAACUACUCAUGGCAUGAUCUUAUCUCAAAGAACAAUAGUAAUGCCUUGACGAUUGCUAGCCUAUGGGCACCUGUUGUUGCUAUCUAUCUUAUGGAUAUCCAUAUAUGGUACACAGUGUUAUCUGCUCUUGUUGGUGGUCUAAUGGGAGCCCGUGCUCGUUUAGGAGAGAUACGCUCAAUUGAAAUGGUGCAUAAACGCUUUGAGAACUUCCCAGAAGCCUUUGUUAAGACUCUUGUAUCUUCCCAGACAAAAAGGCUGCCCAUUGAUAGGCAAUCAGCUCAGGACUCCCAGGACAUGAACAAGACAUAUGCAGCUAUCUUCUCUCCUUUUUGGAAUGAUAUCAUCAAAAGCUUGCGUGAAGAAGAUUAUAUUAGUAAUCGUGAGAUGGACCUGCUCACCAUCCCAAGUAACACCGGAAGCUUGAAAUUGGUUCAAUGGCCUUUGUUUCUUUUAAGCAGUAAGAUCUUUUUGGCUUUGGAUUUAGCUGUGGACUGCAAAGAUACACAGGCUGAUCUAUGGAAGCGAAUAUCUAAGGAUGAAUAUAUGGCCUACGCUGUUCAGGAAUGCUAUUACAGUAUUGAAAAAAUUUUGCAUUCUCUGGUUGAUGGUGAAGGGAGAUUAUGGGUUGAGAGGAUCUUCCGUGAUAUUAAUAACAGUAUAUUGGAGGGCUCACUUGUUAUAACAUUAAAUCUCAAGAAGCUUCAAGUGGUGUUAAAUAGGUUUACAGCAUUGACUGGGCUCCUGAUUCGAAAUGAAACUCCUGAAUUAUCUAGAGGUGCUGCAAAAGCUGUAUAUGACGUGUAUGAAGUUGUUACACAUGAGUUACUGUCAUCUGAUUUAAGGGAACAAUUUGAUACGUGGAAUAUUUUAGCCAGAGCUAGAAAUGAAGGUCGUCUAUUUUCCAGGAUAGAAUGGCCAAAGGAUCCAGAUGUUAAGGAGCAAGUGAAGCGAUUGCACCUACUUCUCACAGUGAAAGAUUCUGCUGCUAAUAUUCCCAAGAAUCUUGAAGCAAGGCGAAGGUUAGAGUUUUUUACAAACUCUUUAUUCAUGGAGAUGCCUUCAGCAAAGCCUGUUAGUGAAAUGAUUCCUUUCAGUGUCUUCACCCCAUACUACAGCGAGACUGUGCUCUAUAGUUUGUCUGAAUUGCAAAAGGAAAAUGAGGAUGGAAUAUCUAUUAUUUUCUAUCUUCAGAAGAUAUUUCCAGAUGAAUGGGAGAAUUUCUUGGAACGAAUUGGUCGAGGUGAAUCUACUGGGGAUGCUGAUCUGCAGCAGAGCUCUAGUGAUUCCUUAGAACUUCGUUUUUGGGCGUCUUAUCGAGGCCAGACUUUAGCUAGAACUGUGCGUGGAAUGAUGUACUACAGAAGGGCUCUGAUGCUACAAAGUUAUCUAGAAAGGAGAGCAUUGGGGGAAUUAGAAGAUGGUUAUUCAAGAGCCAAUCUCCCAACAUCACAAGGAUUUGAGAUAUCUCGCAUAUCCCGGGCACAGGCAGAUCUUAAGUUUACUUAUGUGGUAUCAUGCCAAAUUUAUGGCCAACAGAAACAGAAGAAGGCUCCAGAGGCAGCUGACAUUGCUCUUUUGUUACAGAGGAAUGAGGCGCUUCGAGUUGCUUUCAUACAUGUUGAGGAGAGUAGUGCCAAUGAUGGGAAGAUUUUGAAGGAAUUCUAUUCAAAGUUAGUAAAAGCUGAUGCACAUGGAAAGGAUCAGGAAGUCUAUUCCAUCAAGCUACCUGGAGACCCCAAGCUUGGAGAGGGGAAGCCCGAAAACCAAAACCAUGCUAUAAUCUUCACACGUGGGGAGGCUAUUCAAACUAUCGACAUGAAUCAGGAUAACUACCUUGAAGAAGCAAUGAAAAUGAGAAAUCUUCUAGAGGAAUUUCGAGGAAAUCAUGGUCUUCGACGUCCAACUAUUCUUGGUAUAAGAGAGCAUGUCUUUACUGGAAGUGUUUCAUCAUUAGCUUGGUUUAUGUCCAACCAAGAAACUAGCUUUGUCACCUUGGGUCAGCGCAUUCUAGCGAAUCCUCUCAAGGUCCGCAUGCACUAUGGGCAUCCUGAUGUGUUUGACAGGAUAUUUCAUAUAUCUCGAGGUGGAAUUAGUAAAGCAUCCCGUGUCAUAAACAUCAGUGAGGACAUAUAUGCAGGUUUCAAUUCCACAUUACGGCAGGGUAACAUUACACACCAUGAAUACAUUCAGGUUGGAAAAGGGCGUGAUGUUGGGCUGAACCAAAUUGCCCUUUUUGAGGGAAAAGUUGCUGGUGGGAAUGGGGAACAAGUCUUAAGUAGAGAUGUAUAUCGGCUUGGGCAACUAUUUGACUUUUUCAGAAUGUUAUCUUUCUACUUUACAACUGUUGGUUAUUAUGUUUGCACAAUGAUGACGGUUCUUACUGUGUACAUUUUCUUAUAUGGAAGGGUUUAUCUGGCUUUUUCUGGACUUGAUUAUCAAAUUACCCGGGAAGCUAAAUUGUUGGGUAAUACUGCACUGGAUGCUGUUCUAAAUGCUCAGUUCUUGGUCCAAAUUGGAGUUUUUACUGCAGUCCCAAUGAUAAUGGGUUUUAUACUUGAACAAGGAUUACUGAAGGCUGUUUUCAGUUUUAUUACAAUGCAGCUUCAGUUGUGCUCUGUUUUCUUCACAUUCUCUCUAGGAACUAGAACUCAUUAUUUUGGACGUACGAUACUCCAUGGAGGUGCAAAAUACAAAGCAACUGGUAGAGGCUUUGUUGUACGUCACAUCAAAUUUGCAGAAAAUUACAGGCUUUAUUCACGGAGCCACUUUGUCAAGGCAUUUGAGGUGGCGCUGCUUCUUAUAGUUUAUAUGGCAUAUGGUUAUACAGAUGGAGGCUCUGCUUCCUUUGUCCUGCUAACUUUCAGUAGUUGGUUCCUUGUCAUAUCGUGGCUCUUUGCUCCUUAUAUCUUUAAUCCUUCAGGAUUUGAGUGGCAGAAGACUGUGGAGGACUUUGAUGAUUGGACCAAUUGGCUUCUGUAUAGAGGUGGAGUUGGGGUGAUAGGAGAAGAUAGCUGGGAAUCUUGGUGGGAUGAAGAACAGGUGCAUAUCCAAACAUUGAGAGGCCGUAUCUUGGAAACAAUAUUAAGCUUGAGAUUUUUCAUAUUUCAAUAUGGCAUAGUCUACAAACUACAUCUCACUGGAAAAGAUACUUCACUGGCGAUUUACGGGUUCUCCUGGGUUGUUCUUGUUGGCAUUGCCAUGAUAUUCAAGAUAUUCACCUUCAGCCCAAAAAAGUCUUCCAACUUCCAGCUAGUUAUGCGAUUUAUACAGGGAGUCACAUCCUUGGGCCUUCUUGCAGCCCUUUGUCUUGUUGUUGCAUUCACUGAUCUGUCAAUUCCAGACAUUUUUGCCAGCAUACUAGCAUUUAUUUCUACCGGUUGGGCUAUUCUAUGCCUGGGAAUUACAUGGAAAAACAUUGCGAGGACUUUGGGGUUAUGGGACUCAGUUCGUGAGUUUGCCCGAUAUUAUGAUGCUGGAAUGGGCGUGCUCAUAUUUGCUCCAGUGGCGUUUUUGUCAUGGUUCCCAUUUGUAUCCACCUUCCAGUCACGCCUUCUCUUUAACCAAGCAUUCAGCCGAGGACUGGAGAUAUCUCUCAUCCUUGCUGGAAACAAAGCCAACACUCAAUUUUGAUAAUCAUUCUUUUUGCCCAGUCUAAAGAGAUGCAGGAAUCCUAUCUUCAGUUAAAUAGUAUGUAAUUUGAAUCCUUUACUCGUUAUAAUAUCCCGUGUACCUUAUUUGCAAAGUUGCAAGUUUUCUUUUUCUUC